GUCCAGGUGUUCCAAUUCCAGCCAGGCCCUGGUGAAGGAGACGCCCGGCGAGGACUCGAAGCCCUUUGAAGCCCCCCGAGCUGCCCCAGCCCCUUCCCACCCCCCCAGCAGCCCCCCACUCCGGGGACAUUCCCUGCCCAAACCCUCCCCCUGCUUUGCCCCCACUUACCCCUCUUCCAGCAUCUUCCAGUCCAGGAAUUCCAGGGCCCAGCAGCGGGAUGAGCCUCCACCAGCAUCCACCACGCAGCCCGAAGGCUCCGACUCCGUCAUUUUGCUCAAGGUGAAGGAUCCCAGAACUCCAGCCCCGAGCCCCCCCUUCUUCCAGGCAGAGCUGUGGAUCAAAGAGCUGACCAGCGUCUACGACUCCCGAGCUCGGGAGAGGUUGAGGCAAAUUGAGGAGAAAAAAGCUUUGGCUUUGCAGCUGCAGAACCAGAGGCUGCAGGAGCGGGAGCAGGCGGUGCCGGAGCGGGUGGAUCUGAACCUGCGGGUGCCUCUGGAGAAGGAGAUCCCGGUGACGGUGGGGCCGGAGGAGAAGGAGGAGGAUUCCAAGGGCCCCGAGGGAGAGGAGGAGUUCCCGGAGAUCACCGAG